UUCUGUUGUACUGCUUCUUCACUUAUUGAAUAAAGAAUAAUUACGCUUGGCGUCAAUAUAGAUAUUUUAUAGAGGUGAUUUCGAAACGAAGCUCAUCACAGCAAAAAUGCAUUCAGGAGUUGCAACAAAUCGUGACCACAUUAACGGAACGUUGAAUUUGAACGUGCGUCUGCAUCGCAGCGGCACCAAAUUCCCCGGCGCUUUUCCUCGGCUCAGCUGUCCACAGCCCAUUGGCUGUUACAGUCUCAACGAAUCGCGUCAAUUCCAAGACUAUGCCAGCAACGUUUCGUAUCUUAAUUUGCCGCAUCGCACAGAAUUCCCGCUGGAUCUCAAUGCGGGCAUUGAGCGUGUGCAACGCAAGGGUGAAGCCGCACACAAAUACAAAGACAUUCAUGACUUCUGCCGGUACAUUUGCAAUCAUCAACAGGAGCUGUCCCGCCCAUCUACAGACCAAAAAAAGGGUCCCAACUUAUCUUAUGAUUUUGUGACCUUUCGCGGCAUUCUGCGCCAAAUUAUGUGCACGCCAUACGAGCGACGGAAGGACUACAGACUGAUGGCAACACGUCUCAAUGGCACCAUCUACUUAGCCAAGGUGGAAACAGAGGCGGAUCGCCUAGAACGCGAAUCGAUGACGAAGCAACAGUUGGACAUGUGUUCGUGGGGCUUCAAGUUUGAACAAUAUUGUACCACAGAGGAUCCAAAGAAGCUGCCGGACACCACAAGCCCAGUGAAUGAGGCCAAAGAGUUUGACUGCGUCUUCCACUUAACACUCAACGGAUUGCAGGUGCUUUUUGCAGCCGAAAUGGAUGGCAUUAAGAGCAAUGCGACAUGAAUGAUCGAAAGCAGUUGGCAGCCGCUGAGUUUGUGGAGCUCAAGACAUCAGCUCAUACAAUGAAUCGCUAUCAGCAGCGCUCGUUUGAUUCAUUUAAGUCAC